UGAUCCCUUCCCCGUCAACUUCCCAAAAAAAAAAAAAAAAAACAGUCCGUUCGACCAGGUUGGCAUAUUUUAUUUUAGCAUAUAAAUAAAGAACCAGGACCUACAUUGAGAUUGAUCUACGGUUUAAAAAAAUUAAAAAAAAUGAGUAAUAUAUACCAAGUUGAAGACAAUCAGUCAUACCGCAUACGAAGUGUUAAUCUACAAAAGCCGUACACCACAACUCCAAUGUCCCAUUUCUCAAGCGUAUAUUCCUAUCUCCUUCUCCGCGCCUCGUGCUUUUAGAAUUCCAAAAUAAAAUUGACAAAUUUUACAGAUUUUGAUCUGGCAAAAUCCCCCCAAAAAAAACCCCAUAAAAAAUGGGUGAAUUUGGUGAAAGACUGAAAGCAUUUAUCAACAACAGAUGGGUAGUAUUUGUAGCAGCAAUAUGGAUACAAGCAUGUGCAGGAAUUGGGUAUAUGUUUGGGAGCAUUUCACCAGCAAUAAAGAGCAAUCUGAACUAUAAUCAAAGACAAGUUGCUAGAUUGGGUAUCGCCAAAGAUUUGGGAGAUAGUGUUGGAUUUUUGACUGGUUAUGUUUGUGAAGUUUUGCCUUUGUGGGCUGCUCUUCUUAUUGGUGCUAUUCAGAAUUUGGUUGGUUAUGGUUGGGUUUGGCUCAUCAUUACUGGUAGAGCCACCCCUUUGCCUUUAUGGGCUAUGUGCUUUCUUAUAUUUCUCGGAACCAAUGGUGAAACAUACUUCAAUACAGCUGCUCUCGUCUCUUGUGUGCAAAACUUUCCAAAAAACCGAGGUCCAAUUGUGGGCAUUUUGAAAGGAUUUGCUGGGUUGAGUGGAGCAAUAUUGACCCAAAUAUAUGCCCUUCUUCACAGUCCUGACCAAGCAUCACUUGUCUUUAUGAUUGCAGUAGGACCAACUAUGGUAGUUAUUUCCCUUAUGUUCAUUAUCAGACCUGUCAAAGGUCACAGACAAAUCCGAUCCUCUGAUGGAAGAAGUUUCUCAUAUGUCUAUAGCGCUUGCCUUGUGCUGGCUGCUUAUCUGAUGGGGGUGAUGCUUGUGCAAGAUCUGAUUGAUGUCCGUCAUAGUGUCAUCAUAAUUUUCACCUCGAUCUUAUUCAUAAUCCUACUGUCCCCUAUUGUCAUUCCAGUCACAAUGGCUGUCACUGAAGAACCAAGAUCUUCGAUUGAAGAGGCUCUUCUUUCGGAACCCCAGAAAGAGGAAUCUGGAAAAGCAGCUGAAUCUGACACUGAAGUUGUAUUUAGUGAGGUUGAAGAUGAAAAGCCAAAGGAAGUAGACUUGCUUCCAAGAUCAGAAAGGAAAAAACGAAUUGCCCAGCUGCAAGCAAGGGUAGCCCAAGCAGCAGCGGAGGGAGCAGUCAGAGUUAAGAGAAGAAGAGGUCCUCAUAGGGGGGAAGACUUCACAUUAACACAAGCUCUCGUUAAAGCAGACUUCUGGCUACUCUGGUUUCCUUUUGUGCUUGCUUCUGGAUCUGGUUUGACUGUGAUUGACAAUCUUGGUCAGAUGAGCCAAUCUUUAGGCUAUGAUAAUACUCAUAUAUUUGUGUCCAUGAUUAGCAUUUGGAAUUUCCUUGGUCGUGUUGGAGGGGGUUACUUAUCCGAGAUUGUUGUCAGGGAUUAUGCCUAUCCGAGGCCAGUGGCAAUGGCUGUGGCCCAACUGAUAUUGGCAAUUGGCCACUUCUUCAUUGGAAUGGGAUGGCCAGGAGCAAUGUAUAUUGGAACUCUGUUGAUUGGGCUUGGUUAUGGAGCCCACUGGUCUGUUGGUCCUGCUACUGCUUCUGAGCUCUUUGGCUUGAAGAGUUUUGGAGCUUUGUAUAACUUCCUUACCUUGGCUAAUCCUGGUGGUUCACUCGUGUUCUCUGGUCUUAUAGCUAGCAGUAUAUAUGAUCGAGAAGCAGAGAAACAAGAACAGCAUCGCCAUCCUCAUGUUGGUUCGUUCCUUAAUAAUAUGCUUACUUUGGACGAACCACCAAAGUGUGAAGGUGCUGUAUGCUUCUUCCUUACUUCCAUGAUUAUGUCUGGAUUAUGCGUUGUUGCCAUUGUCUUGACCUUGACUCUUGUACAUCGGACAAAACCUGUUUACGCUGGCCUCUAUGGGAAACCACGUACCUAAUCUGUGGGACGGGUGGUUUUGAUUUUGUGAUUUUCUUCGAGCUUUUGCUAGAUUUCUCAUAAUGUGGGAUUUAAUGUGAUCAUUCUCUCCAUCUUAAACCUGCACACCGAGAACAUAAUCUCCCCCAAUCUCCUCUAUAUGCUGAAGAAACUGUAUACCUUAUUGUUGUGGAUGUCAUCAUGUUAAUGUUGUUUUGAGAUUGAAUGUAAACCAUUUUUUUUUUGUUUUUUUUGGUCUCUAGAUGUUGUAACAUAGAAUCUGUCCUCCAAUUUGUGAUACACGCUGGGAGGCAAAUAUUAUUAUUCGGAAUAAAUUAUUCUUUCUCCUGA